GGUCCCUCUGGUGGUGUCAUAUCUUGCACAAAUGCACAGGUGUAUCGCUUUAGCCAUAUUAACUCAGUUUCUAAUCUAGAAUCUAGUCGAAAAUAGAUUGCUGAUUCCAUACCGUAGUGAUUUACAUACAGACAUAACUCCAAGAUAUUGCUUGGACUGUAGCAGAAUAGAAACUUAGAUCAAGAUCAAAGCGAAACUAGAAAAUCCAGAAAAGAAAAUUAUACCGUAAAUAUGCAGCAUUGUCGCCGUGAUAAAAAGAGGAAGUUAAACAUCAGAACAAGCUAAACAUAGAAAGGAAGUAGGAUCUGACAGAAAACGUAAACCAGUAAACAGAGAAGGGCAAAAUGUUCUGAUAAACUAGAACUAGAAAUAUUUUUCGAAUUUAAUUUGGAGGAGAAGUGCCAAGGCCAUGGACCAGGACCAAUAACAGUAUUCGUUAGCCUAGGCAUUUCCCUUCACACCAAAGAAAAAAGGGGAAUUAAAGUAAUAACAGUACGGUAUAGGGAGGGGAAUCACAUCUCCAUACAAGCAAGAAGCAAUACAAAGAUAUUGUGAAAAGGCAGUAGGUCAAGAUAUUUUUGUAUUGCUGUAUUAGUAUUGCAGUUUUUAAUGAUGACCAAAUCAUUUUUUUCAAUGCCAGGAUGUAAGGAUUUCAUUUCAGCCAAGGCAGCAAGGUGAAUUGUCAAAACCUCCACACAAAAAGAAUUCUCCUAACAUCUUGUAUAUCUGUAUAUGUAUGACUUGUGAAAGUAUUGGAUUAGCAGUGGAAGCUUUAAGCAAAGUCAUUUAGGGAUGGGCAAUAUAGAAUACCGGUAAUUCACUAUUUUAGAAUAGUUGAAUCGAAUCCAGAAUCCUGUUUUAUUUUUAUUGGUAUACAAAUUUGGGAAUUCUCCCACCAUACUGAUGGUUUACAACUUAAAAAAAGCAAAAUUGUAUAACUAACUACCCUUUUUUUAAUUGAAAAUACCAUGAGCAUUGGAUUUUAUUUGUUACCAAACAGGACAAUGAAAUAUAAGAAUUUUAACAAUAGUAAAUUGUAAAAUACAAAAAAUAGGUAAGAAAAAACAUUAAAUUAUUAUUAAUGUGAGCGCGCUGCCACACCGAGGCCACUGCAAUUUAUGCACCCCCAACGGGUGCUGCACAUGGUAUGGCACGGUAAUUAAUGUUGUAAAAUAUAUUUAACGACUAUCAAUUAUAAUCAAGUAUGUCAGCGUGUUUAUUUUCUGUGAGCAAGACUCGUAAAAUAACAUCUUGAGACAAAUUCAUUCUAUUGCAAAAUCUUAAUUUUCAGUUAUUAUCGUUAUACUUACCAAGUGUGGUACGGUAGGUUUUUUAAUUGAUCGUUGACUAAAAUACCGCCCGUCACUCGACCAAACGUGUGCUGAGCUUGGAUGAUAGGAUCGGAUUCAUCGGCAACUUGAAUUCCGUAAAAUAUGUAUUUUAUAGGGGGGGGCAAAAUAAAUGUAACGAAACGCAUUGUUCUGCGAUAUAACUUUGUAUUUUUGGAAACGCGGUGUCAUGAAAAGUAAAUUUUGAUCUAAAUUAAUCGCAAAUAAUCAUCUAACGUCUGGCACAUAUCAUUUUCUGGGAGAACUCGAAGGCCGCGAAAAGUAAUUCAAUUUAAAAUAAAGAAUGUUGCACGUAUUCCAAAAAUUUAAUAUUGUUGCAAUCGAAAAAUCGCCAGUAAGUCGGCAUUCGCAUAUAAUAAUAAUUAUUAUUAUAAGCGAAGUAGAUAGUAAAACGGUAAGACGCGAAAAAGUGCAAUUACGCCAGCUUCGCUUUCUGAAUAUGCAAGCUGGGAUUACGGUGUUUGCCUCUUUUGCGGGUUCUUUGCAAGAAAACACAAGUAUAAUCAAACGAGAGAGAUUUCGUCGCGAGAGAAAACGCCUGUCAGACACACUGAUCAAUAAAUUAGAAAUACAAAAAACAAAAAUUGACGCAUAGUGCCGAAGAGGCGGAAACCGAAUCCUGUUAUCGGAUCCUUUUGGAUUCGAAUAUAUUGAGUUGUCAGAAUGUUAAAAGAUGCGAACCCAAACAGCAAAAUCAAUUUGUCUACUUUCAUGUGGCCUCAGACCUCCACACAUUACAGAAAAAAGCACUCUUCUCACACCUCUAUUGUAUAUUUUUCAUUAUUUGUGUUUGAGCUUUUUUGUUUGCUUUGUUUUGAAAUCUUUUACAUUGAUUCCUUGUGGUUGCCGGGUUUUCAGUUUGUUUAUCCAAAAAUGCUCUUUGUUCUUUCUGUAUAGCAAUAAUUUUCAUGAAGGCAUUAGAAUUGCCAUAUUCAGUUACUGAGCUGCGUAAGUUUGAGUUGACUGAUCAUGAAUGCAAAUUACAUUGAACAAACAAAUUCAACACAAGCUGGCUUUCUUAUGACAUCACUCAAUAGCUUAAGAGAACAAAAUUUUCUCUGCGAUUUCGAUGUCAAAGUUGGUAACAAGUCCUUCCGGGCUCAUCGCUGUGUCUUGGCUGCCUCGUCAGGAUAUUUUAAAGCGAUGUUUUCAAGCAAAAUGAAGGAAUGUCAUAAUGGAUUUAUAGAUAUGAAAGAUGUUGACCAGAAUGGAAUUUCUCAAUGUAUAGAGUUCAUGUAUAAAGGAGGAGCAAGUUUGAAAAUGAAAUAUGUUCAACAUAUCCUGCAAGCAUCCAACUUGUUACAAAUGGUUGGUUUAACAAAUUUUUGUUUCCAUUAUUUGCAAACCAAUCUCUCUCGGACCAAUUGUCUUUCUGUGAUCAAUUUGGCGCAAGCGUACAAUCGUCAUGAUAUAAAAAAACAAGCAGAACAGGUUCUGAUCACUAAUUUCAAAUUAGUUAUUUCCUCUGAAAUGUUUCAGUUCAUUAUCAAGCCAGAUCUCCUACGUUACAUCAAACUUUCAAAUGUGUGUUAUCAAACAUCAUGGCAUGCUAUGAUAACAUGGGCAAGAGCAAUUGAUGAAGAUGCAGAGACACGUUUUUCUGAUCUUGUCACAGUCAACAACAUCCAGACUUAUCCUUUCAAAUUUCUUCUUGAAACUGUAUUGGAAGAAACACUGGUGAAAAGUAAUGACAUUGCAAGGAAUUCAGUCAUCACUGCAUUAUUCUCUGAUGUCAAAAAUCUCGAAACAAAUCUUGGGAUUGACAACUUCUUCAUUCUUAAGAAUCUGGUUGACACUCAUCGAGUCACCAACCGAGAAGCUGUGAAAUAUGUUAUGGAUAGAUUCCUGGAAGCGAAUUUUGAACAAAUCAUUGAGAAAAAGGAGUUUUGUGAUGUAAGCAAAGAUGCCAUCAUUAGGAUUUUGAAAUCCCCGAAAACAAAAUGUUCUUCUGAGCCUGUAAAAUGGCAUGGAGCCCUCCGAUGGGUCAAGCAUGAUAUUCAAAAAAGGGAAAAUGAUUUUCAAGCUCUGUUUAACCUUCUUGACCUCAAAAAGUUUCCCCUGCAAUUUCUGGAACAAACCGCCCGCUCAGAAACUUUGGUCAGAGAUUCUCGUGAAUGUUACGAUAUACUUGUGGAUGAAAUAUUUUCCCGUGCACGGAAGAAGCCAUCUACAACAGCAACAAUAACUAGAGGAGAUACAGGAACUCUUUGGAACAACGUUACAUCACAAAGUCACGGCUUUGGGUAUGUCCAAGAACCACAAUUGCCCACAUUUGCAUACCCGGGAUACUUCAGGCCCAGGCACACUUCAGAAUUUCAGUCUUCUAGUCAAGCCACUCCAUCCGGUCCAAGAUUCAUCCUCUAUCCACAACCACCUGGUGGAAAUGUGUCAUUUGAAAGGUUGAAAAAAGAGUCACUGCCAGGAUAUAAUUAUGGGUCGACCUAUGUCAUUACCUACCUAUUUCCUGCUGGAAGUUCAAUGGAGGUUUCAUAUGAUGCAAAGAAAUUCACUGAAUAUUUGCCAUGCAUAUUUCUUCCUGGACGUCUUGGCCUUAAAGGGUUGGUAGAGAAAGCAUUUGAUGCAGGAUUACUCUUCAAGAUCCAGAAGAGAAUUGGAAGCAACAGAGGAGAGAUAAUAUGGAAUGAUGAAAUUCCUCACAAGACUAACAAACAUGGAGGUCCAAAUAACAAUGGAUAUCCUGAUGCAGACCAUACAUGUAAUUUUUUUGAUGCGUUGAAGACAAAAUUAAAGGAGGAAGGAAUCAAAUACAAGAGAUGAUCAACAAUAUAUGCAUGAAGUCUUUAAAAAUUUGAUAUCGUCAGUUCGGACAAUUGAACAGGAAAGGAAAAAUGCAAGACAACAUAGUGAAUAGUGGGACGAUCUAUUAACUACAACAUCAGUCAGAUUUGACUCGGUCUAUUCUUUUUCAACAAACGUUGUACAUAUUUUUAACACUCCAAAGUCAGUUAGUUUGGGAAUCGUGACGAUUCUGACUUAAAUCUUCGAAGCCAACAUUAUUGGUCUGCUAACUGUAGUUCAUCUUCAUUACAGGUUUGUUCAUAUUGUUUGCCAAUGAAAUACUCACUAUUGUGAACCUGGUCCAGAACCAGACACCCGUACUUAGUGGCUACUAAGAAAAUUUUCGACAGGGGUUCCGUGGCACUCUAGGGUUCCGAAAGUUACCAUUCAAAUCCAUGAACCUAUAUUAUUACAUGUAUAUUGAUUGAAUAAAUCAGAUUUGCUUCGGGGAGUGUCACAUUUGGGGUUUCGCCUCACUGAAGUACAUUGGUUGAAUAAAUCAAUUACCUAUUAGGUUUGCCUCGGGAGUGUCACAACAGGGUUUCGCCUCACUGAUAAGGUUGAAAAACCACUGUUUUACUACUACCUACCAUGUCAAAUAUUAUGAAAAGGUCAUUCUAUUUAUAACAAACUUUGUGCCUUUUGAAGUUGUUUCCAUUUCAGAUAAGUUUCAGGAUAGGGUAGUUAUGGAAAUGAAUUUAUAUUUUGUAAUUUUUAG